AUGGAAAUUGUGAUAGACAUGUCUCAUAUAAAAAACAUUGAUAGCCGUGAUGAAAAUGUAUCACCUAAAAGAGCAGUUAGUCUGCUGACAGAUAAGGCAGCCAAGAGCAGUGUUGUUUCCAAAACGGGUUUGCAGGUGGCUUUGUCGUCAAACAGCAUGGGAGAAGUGAACGUUGGUGAUACUUGCGUUCCACAUGAAUAUAUGCGUUCGAUUUACCUGCUUGUACCAUCAAAACUGGACUACGCACUACGUUUUGAAGAGUACGCAGCAUAUAGGGCGUCAGACAAUAGCGUGAUAUACGACGUGAAUUUCCUUAGUACGCAUUUUGGAACACAAAGCGAGGGUAAACUGCGUAGAACUAUUCACAUGACAAUGGCUAUCGCUUUUAUAGGUUCAGGCAGAUCUCGCGUAGAACUGUGCGGUGCAAGUGAAGCUGCUCAGGUUUUCCCGGAAGGUCGCGAUCCAGCCACUGCCUCUACCAUGACCCCCGUCGACGAUGCAACGGAUUGCUUUGAUUUAGAGAACACCGACGCACGAGAACCACCAGAGUACGAGAGUGAAGAGGACCUACUGGACUUAUCGGAUAUACAGAUAUACGAUAAAGAUUGUGUUGGAGACGAUUCGUUCAACGAAUUCCAGGCGAUGAUGAACGACAUUCUACCUCCCACACUAGACCCUGAAGCAUCAACAGUAGCGGAUGGCAUUCCAGAUAUGGAUUAUAGCGCGUUCGGAGACUCAUGCGUUGAAGGUGACGCAUCAGAGGCGCCCAUAUUCUAUACGGAAAUGAACGAGGGAUUGUACUCGCCAGGCACGAUAUACGACGAAACCUAUCCAGACGACGAGACCUACGCGGAGGACGCAACCAUGGAGGAGAACGGAAGCGGGAGUGGGCAACAAUUAGACCUGUCCGAUAUUCUCAUUUAUGAUGACGAGGAAGAUGUGUCGUCAGGCGAGUUCCGGUCGUUGAUUAGCGACCUCACCCCUACGUUUGACCAACUUGCACUGCCGGUUGAUCAUACGUUUGCGGAAAUGGAGGGUAACGCGUUCCGGGGCUGA